AUGCCGGUCAAUGCGAGUCAGACUGUGCGCCCAAACUCGCCUGCUAUCCCUGAUGAAGCUGGAGCGAACAGGAAAGACAAGGGUUACCGACGCUAUGCUUCCAACGUCGAACGGGCCUUGUCUCUCUUUGACACCGCACUUCAGGAAUGGGCAGACUAUAUUGCCUUCCUAGGACGUCUGUUGAAGGCACUUCAAUCGAAACCGUCUGGUACCACCGAUGUGCCACAUAAAGCGCUUGUAGCCAAGCGUUUAUCACAAUGUUUGGAUCCACCGCUUCCUUCGGGAGUCCACCAAAAGGCGUUGGAAGUAUAUGCCUAUGUAUUUUCUACUUUGGACAGAGAUGGUCUCUCACGAGAUCUACCACUCUAUCUCCCUGGACUGGCGCCUACGUUGUCAUUCGCAUCACUAUCGGUGAAGCCGACACUUCUAUCGCUAUUUGAGACGUUCAUUUCACCUCUAGACCCAGUCAUGCUACGCUCGGCUCUCAAGGCGAUUACCCUGGCCUUACUUCCCGGCCUAGAGGAAGAAACGAGCGAGGAAUUUGAACGCACCCUCAGUCUUUUGAACAAGAUCAAAAGUGCAGUUGGCCAGGGGCUCGAGCGUAAUAUUGGUCACUCAAAUGUCUCCGGUGAUCAGUAUUAUUGGCAAAGCUUAUUUUUAGCCUCUAUCACCAGCCCAAGUCGACGUCAGGGUGCUCUGGCGUAUAUGGUCAGAGAGCUUCCUCCUCUAGGGACAUCUAUUAGGCCACAUCCGGGAUCCAAUCAUGCUGAAGAGUCUGAAAUGAGGGGCGUUGGCAGGAAGCUUCCCACCCAGAUCGAAGCAGUUACUACACCGGAACCAGGACUCUUAGUUCGCUGUUUUGCUGCAGGCCUCCAAGAUGAACAGCUUCUGAUCCAAAGAGGCUUCUUGGAUCUUUUGGUCACCCAUCUACCACUCCAUUCUGCUGUACUACGUCAGAAGGUUGUAUCUAGAGACCUUGAACUACUUGUUGCAGCAGCGGCGGCCGUCGUGGUACGCAGAGAGAUGAGUCUGAACCGUCGAUUGUGGACUUGGUUUUUAGGACCAGAAGCAUCCUCAGGGCCAGAUGAUAGCACUUCGAGUUCUCCAGACUCCACUCCAACGAUUACUCCUGCAAGAAGUUCCAAUCUACAGCUUUCUCAGACGGAAUAUUUCGAGCGUUACGGACUUGCACCUUUGGUCAGUGGUGUACUAAAAAUGGUUGUGGAUGAUUCUUUAAAGCCCCUGGAGAAAGCUCGUCCAUUCCGAAUAUGUCUCUCUCUAAUGGAUCGCUGGGAAAUUGGCGGGCUUGUGGUUCCACAGAUCUUUUUACCAGCAAUGGAAAGUGUUUGGCAAUACCAGAGAUUAGCUCCAUCUAAGGAAGCUUUAGAGGAGGUCUUGCGCAGCGCCAACGUUUUCUUUGAUGCAAUUGAGAGUAGCUUGAUCUGGGCCGAGCUGACAAAGAUUGUAAUCGGAGCACUGAAGACCAAAGAUCCUAAGCCUCCAGAAGUCGACUUGUUGAGCCCCAAGGAUCGUCUAGAUCUUGUGCUGUUCGUCAUUACAAAUUUCAAUAUUCGGGAAGAAGAAAUGCUGGCCAUUCAUAUACCAAUGGUCACCCUAGCUCUGAUAAUCAGCUUGCGACUUCAUUUUGAAGCACCUUCGAACACCUUCAAAGAAAGCGUAUUCCCCGUAAUCGAAAUCGCGUUCGAUAUUGCGAUCCACCUGUUCGAUCUUAUUCCAGCCAAAAUCCUUAAGAGCGGAGAAGAAAAAGAGCCUAAAGCCCGCAGUAAUGGACGACAGAAAGAUAGCAGCCCUCAAACUCUACAAGAGAUUCAGGACUUUUAUCACAAUUUGCAAAGAGGCUCAGAGGAUGCAACCCCACCCCUUGACAACACGAACGUAAGAGAUCUGCUACUGCACAAUGCCACUCAGGUUGUUGCCCAUGGACUUGAAGUGCCCAUCCAGGUAGCUUACCUGGAGAAGGAGGUAGCUUUUCUUGAUAAGCUCCUACGCAAAGCACGAGUUUCCAGUCUGGAAGACGACGAGGAGCCCGAUAACGGGGCGCUGGUACCGGUAAUGUCAAGUCUUUCAACGGCCUUAGAUGCAGGUGUCGCCAAGAAUGGAAUUGAAAUGUUGCCUUUUCCUACUCUUGCAGUACUGGUCUCCACUCUCGAAAUGAUGAGCAAUGCAUCGCCUUCGAAGGCGUGGAAUUCCAACCAUCGCGUACGACAAAUACUCCCAAACCUUUUGACCGGCCUUUGGACGUACAUAUCUCCUGCUAGACCUAGACAUAGCGUUGAGGCAGUCCGUUGUCUUUGGCGAGUUCACUCAGUAUCGCCAGAUGUACGACUUGUAGAGGGGUCAAUUGCUACCCUCAUGUUACAGGAUGAGGAUGGCCAUAGAGCUCAGAACGUAAAGAUUGAGGGUGCCCGUCGAUUCGCUACCGUGUGGGCUCAUAGCGGCUCGACUGCAAAAAUACCAACUGAUCGUCGUCUGAACUCGGGACGUUCUCUGCACCAAUCAGGCAAAAGAAUCAAGGAGCCAAUUGUACUAGCGCAGCCGUUGCUACUUCUUCUUGACUCGCUCUUUGAUCCAAAAACUGAACUGUUCAUGUUCACUGUGAGCUGGUUGCAGUCGCUUUCAAGCAUACAACUGAUUAUCGACUUUUUGAUUGAUCGCCUUGAUGCUUCGCCAUACUUAGCACAUGAGAGAUACUCAGCUGCACGGACCGAUGAACAGGAAAUAUUGGACAAAACCGGUGCUUCGCUCGAAGUUGAUGACUGCUUGUAUUAUCUCCAGACUAUCCUCAACAUAACCAAGCAUUCCACAGCGAACAUUAGUGCGUCGCUCGCUGGGAAGUUGAACGCCACGAAUACAAACAGGGACAAGCACACCGAAGAAGCAGGAGUCUCCGGACCAGUCAAAGUCAUCGUAGAUAUUGAGGAACCGGCUAUGACUGUUCAGUCUUAUUUGACCCAAGUUUGUAUGAGAAUUCUGGAGGACCACCACCAGGAGCAACACGGUGGUGUCCGCCAGAGGAUUUCAGUUCUACAGCAAACCUCGGCGUCUCUUCUGAAGCAAUUGCUACUUGCUCCCUCUUCUACUAUGCUAGUGGCGAUGAACCUAGAGGAAUCUCUGAUUGGAAUGCUAUCGCGGGCCGUUGAGCAAUCGGACAACAUGCUUCAAUUGCCAUUGAUGGAUGUUAUCUUAAUCAUCCUAAAAACGCGAAUGACCAAAAAUGAUGCUCUGUUCACCCCUCAUCGAAGACCCACCUCCCGGGACACCAUUCGCAGUGCUUCUCAACUAUCUGUCUCUACAGAGAAGAGUGAUAAAGACAAUAUAUCUGUUGAACCAUUUAUACAGACCUCAGCUCUGCUAGACUGUUUGACAUUCGGCAUCAGCUCCCCGAGUAAUCAUCCGAUUCUUGAGCUAUGGAUACGGUUCUUAGACAAUUGCUUACCCUUCUACAGCAGUAAUGCAUUUCAGGUUCUCAUGCCCCUCGUCGACACUUUCAGUAGAAGCAUUGAAUCGGUCUUUCAAGAUUUGCAAGCUGUGUUUGCCGGCACUUCACGCGGACCGCAUGGUGCUGGUGAGCCGAUCACUGUUCUCAAUGCGCUCCUUGGCGGUCUCGAACAGGUUCUUGCAAGAGGCCAUGAUCAGCUACUGCAGGAUGAGGGGCACUCGGUAGCUAUCAAGAGUCCGGAGCAGGUACAAGGCUUCUUCGGCAAUAUGGUCUCAGGAGUAUUUGCUUCCGAGGCGCAGAAGUCGAGGCCAACCACCGCUAACAAUCGUCUGACUGUCUUGCUCUGCUUCAAAGAUGCAGUGAGGGUUUCCUUCAAUAUGUGGUCCUGGGGAGACAGUGGAUUAGGAAGCUCGCCACGGAAUGCCUCUGCAUCGUUCAGCUACAUGUCAAUACGAUUGAGAAAUCGCACUCGCCGGAUAUUGGAGCACCUAUUCGCAGCAGAGGCUUUAGAAUGUUUGGAGACUCUUGUUGAGUUUUGGCACAAAACAGAAGCAGAAGGCGGCAUGGUCGAAUCGAGCACUGUCUUCAAUCUGCUGCAUGCUCUGGAGGCAUCAAGACCAAAGAACACAAUCCCAGCUCUAUUCAACGCAAUGUAUAGCCGGACCAACCCGAACGUGCUAGAUCCCAUACGGAAAUCAACUUUGACAUCUGAGCUAUCUGAUAUUAACCUUGCUAUAUUCCUUGUAGCAUACACAAGGUCAAUGGAAGACGACGCACUGGAUGAAAUAUGGACUGACUGUAUGACCUUCUUGAGAGAUGUUCUUGGCAAUCCGCUGCCUCACAGGCAGACUUUGCCAAUCUUACUAGAGUUCACCGCAAUACUCGGCGAAAAGAUUGACAAUACCAACUUUGGAGAGCAACGCAAAAUGCGACGAGACAUUGGAGAUCUCUUCGUUCGCCUGCUUGCUGCUACAUUCACAAUCAAACCGCUGGCAUUCUCCCAAGAUUUACCCCUAUCGACGAAUGAAGAGAAAGGUCUCCAUCACCCUUCAGACUUCCCUGAACCCCCAAGACCUAAUGAACCAGAAGACGUUGUCGCCAUCAUCGCUUCGAUCUUGCCCAAGAUUUCAAAGAUUCUGGUUGAUACAGACCGAAUAACUGCAGCUACAACGACGAUAUCUACGCAGGUACUUACGCCGACCUUCCGUUGGAAGACGUUCCCGCGAAACGUCACGGGAAGCCUACUUGAUAUAAUGAGAACAAUGUCGCGAAUUCCCGAAGCCUCAAAAUCUUGGAGAAAAGACGUUGCGGAAGCAUUCAAUGACCCAAGGUUUUUCCACACCAACUCUUUGGACCUCGUCUGGAACGGUUGGGCGCCAAUACUGCGACAGUGGACGCUCCUAGACAAAGAACGGAUGCCAGAACUGCUGUCCCGUCUCUCAUCUCCGACGUCGGCGGGUAUAAUGUUCGGUGUUGGAGCUUCUUCGGCCAGGCUAGAAGCGGACCGAAAGACACAGCUCAACCUUCGCAGGAUAGCCACUCUGAUGCUAUCUGCCGACAACGAUAUGUUCGUCGUGAAUCUGGGCGGCCUUCAGGAGAAGGUUGUCGAUUUGAUGACGGCCACGGCCGCUUCUUCGCCCUCAUCAAUAACGCGAUCUGAGGUCUACAUGGUUCUUCGGGCGCUCAUUCUGAAGACCUCGCCAGUGCACUUGGCAUCAUUCUGGCCUAUCGUCAACGCCGAAUUAUACGACGCGCUGUCGUCCUUAUACCCUACGGAGACCCAUGACACAUACAAUACAUCAUGCGUGCUACAAGCGGCAAAGCUCCUGGACACUCUGUUGACAAUAGCACCAGACGACUUUCAACUACGCGAAUGGCUUUUCGUCACUGACACCAUAGACGCCGUAUACAGGCCGUCAGACUGGCGGCCCGUUGCCCUUGUCGAUGGAUUGGCAGAGACUCUGGACUCCCGUGCAGGCGCGCCACACAGUGGCAUCAACCCGCUCGCCGGCGCGCAACAGGGGUUGCGCAAGCCGUUACUUACAAGCGCAGUUGUGGGCGACGUCCCCAUGGAAAGCAUGGUCGAUCGGGUUCUUCGCCCAUUUCUUCGCCAGCUGUCUAUCAACGCUUUUGAGAGCACUUACAGGAUGGAGGCGCCGGACCGCCAGGCGUGUUGCGAUGAUCUUCUACAUGACCUAUUUGACGAAAGUACGCUGGUCUAG